AUGGCAAAAACUCCGUCUAAGAAGGCUGCAAAAACAGUUGCCAAGUCUGGAAAAGGCAAGGGCAAAAAGCGUGUAGAGUCGUAUUCGACCUACAUUUACAAAGUGCUACGUCAGGUCCACCCUGACACAGGUAUUAGCAAGCGUGGUAUGUCAAUUAUGAACUCGUUCAUAAACGAUAUUUUUGAGCGAAUUGCUUCGGAAGCCGGAAAGCUUUCGCGCUACAACAAGAAAUCCACACUUUCAAGUCGUGAGAUCCAGACUGCUGUACGUCUUAUGCUUCCUGGAGAGCUAGCAAAGCACGCUGUUUCUGAAGGCACGAAGGCAGUGACAAAGUUCACUUCGGCUUAA